AUGGCGCUAGCGACACGGGUUGGGGCCGUCCUCCUGCUGGCCGCCCUCCUCCCCACCGCCACCGCCCGCAACUCGCCACGGGUGCGCAAAUACAACUGGCGCGUGACGCUCGACGUGGCCGCCCCAGACUGCUUUGAGCGGCCGGUCAUACUGGUCAACGGCCAGCUGUCGCCGACCAUCGAGUUGACCCUCCACAACCUGAUCCCAGAAGACUACCCUUCGGUACACCGCGGCAUCACCAUCCACUGGCAUGGGUGGAAGAUGAAAGGCAUCCCCUGGUACGACGGCGUCGGCUCCGUGGAGUUGUGCCCUGUGCUGCCCGGCCAGAAGAUGACCUACAGGUUCCAAGUCAACGAGAUGCCGGGCACGUACAUGUGGCACGGCCACAACGGCGCCGACCGCGUCGACGGCUUUGGCGGCCCGCUCAUCGUGCGCCCCUGCGGCACGCCGGUGGGCUCGGCGCUGGCCAUGCCGCUCAACCGCCCCUUUGACGCCGCCCGCCAGACCAAGGACAGCGGGGGCUGGAGCUGGGUGAGCAACACCCAGGCCCUGCUGAUCAACGGGCGAGGCUACUUCCCAGACUGCGCCAUCCGGCCCGGCGGCAGCACCGCCCUCCCCAACUGCAGCCUCACCCAGUGGUGGGUGCCGCCUGGCCGCAGCGCGGUGCAGCCCUGGGCCAGCGCAGUCAACCCAGGCUGCAGCCACACGAACAUCACGGUGCGAGCCGGCAAGACGUACCUGCUGCGCUUGAUCAACGCCGCGUCGCUGACGUACCAGGCGCGUGGGACCCUGUGCUUCAGCGGGCACAAUGUGACGGUCGUGGCGGCGGAUGCGGUGCCGGUGCAGCUCUUCCAGGCGCCCAACGGCUGCGUGGACCUCAAUUCGGGGCAGAGGUACGACGUGCUUCUGAAAGCAGACCAGCCCCUGGGCAACUACUGGAUUUCCAGCCAAGUGCAGUUCAGAAACGGCAGCCCCUCAGGCUAUGCCAUACUGCGGUACAAGGGAGCCAAGGAGGCGCUGCCCAGCGUGCCGCUGCCCCAGCCUGGCAGCGUGGCCCCCUGGACCCCGCAGCAGGAGAACAAGCUGGUGGUGAUGAGCUCGGCGCUGCUGAAUAGGAAGGACAAGUCGGUCCCGGCCGCCACCCUGUCGCUGACCCUCAACAUCACCCAGCCGCUAAUGAGGCAGACGGGGCAGCUGCGCUGGGCGAUGAACAACGUGGCCAGCCAGCAGCCUACCCCCUGCCAGCCGCUGCUGGACCUGGUGCAUGAGGAUCCCCAGUGGUUCGAGCGAAAUGCGGUACCAGCCAGGCAGUACAACAAGCCCGGUUUCAACAGCACCGCCCUGGGAGAGGCUGAGAGCGGGCGGGUGGACGUCUUCUUAUCGACCCCCAAACGCAAGGCUGAUCCGCCCCCGAUCUAUCCCACCGCCGGCACCCACAUCCUGCCCCUGAAACGGGGGGAGGUGCUUGAGCUCGUGCUCCAGAACCUUCCCGCCAAUGCCAACAACGGCGACUAUCGCAUGCGGGAGGGAGCCAGUCGUGUUGCGCAAGAGCAACACCCGUUCCACAUGCAUGGCCAUCACUUCUGGGUGCUUGGGCAGGGCCUUGGCAUCUACAACGCCGCCGCCAACGCCAGCUCUCUCAACACCCGCAACCCGCCGCUUCGGGACACAGCCACCCUGCCCCAGAACGGCUGGGUGGUGCUGCGGCUCCAGGCCGACAACCCGGGGCUCUGGAUCCUGCACUGCCACCUUUUCUGGCAUCAGUACAUGGGCCAGCUUUUGGUGAUUGCGGAGGAUGUGGAGGGCCUGCAGAAGCUGAAGCGCCCAGACGGCCUUCCCCCCUGCCCAGACAAGUGCACAUACAAUGCUGCACCCUGGACCCAGACAACCGUGGAGAAGGAGUUUGGCAAGAGCGGCUUCCAGCUGCCGGUGGGUGGAUAA